GGGGAGAAGCCCCGCCCGCUGCCGCGACGCCAUUUGCCACUGCCGAGCGUGGGCACGGGAGGCUCUCGCAAGCACGGGUGACCAGCCUCUCCUGAGCACGCUUCCCGACCUCCCGCACGGUCUUCGUGGCGCGCACUUCUCGGCGUUGCCCGUCGGAGUCACCGCAGUUCCUGCCGCCAGCCUGAGUGCGGUCCCACACGCUGCCAGCCAGUCUUUGCGGCCAUGCCCAAGAAUAAAGGAAAAGGAGGCAAAAACCGGCGUAGAGGCAAAAAUGAGAAUGAAUCUGAAAAGCGAGAGCUUGUGUUCAAGGAGGAUGGGCAAGAAUAUGCUCAAGUAAUCAAAAUGUUGGGAAACGGACGAUUAGAAGCCAUGUGUUUUGAUGGUGUAAAGAGACUGUGCCACAUCAGAGGGAAAUUGAGAAAAAAGGUUUGGAUAAAUACCUCAGAUAUCAUAUUGGUGGGGCUACGAGAUUACCAGGACAACAAAGCCGAUGUCAUUUUAAAAUACAACGCAGAUGAAGCUAGAAGUCUCAAGGCCUAUGGCGAGCUUCCAGAGCAUGCUAAAAUCAAUGAAACUGAUACAUUUGGUCCUGGAGAUGAUGAUGAAAUUCAGUUUGAUGACAUUGGGGAUGAUGAUGAAGACAUCGAUGAUAUCUAAAGCGAACUCAACAUUUUACAUUCCAGUCUUCCGGAAGAUUGUCCUUCAAGUUUGGAAUCUGGCCAUAGACCUCAAAGAAAAAUUUUCACUAUCAUCUUAAUUGUAAUUUGUUGAGGCAGAUUUGAUAUUACAGUCUUUGAAAAACUGUUAACUGAUACGCUAAGUCCACUUUGUUGAUUCGAUUCAAUGGUCCUUAAGACUGUUUAAGACAAAAAGCCUUUCCUACUUUGACCCCUUCCAGUAAGUAAAUGGGUGUUUUGAAUAAACCAUUUGCCUUGUGCUCAGUAUAAAGUAUGACUAAGCCCUGCCUUUGCAUAGCUGUUGACUGGACAGUCUUUGUGUAUAUUCCAGUUGCCCAGAGAUUUUGAUACACAUGGAGGCAGAAAUCUGUGUUUUGUUUUUGUUCUAUUUUGAGACAGAGUCUAACUUUGUAUCUGAGGCUAGCUUGGAGUUCACUGUAGUGCUGGUGGACCUCAGACUUGCUGGGAUCCUCCUGAGUGCUAAGGGCAUAUGUAUGUACCACCAUACCUGGCAGAAAUCUAUUUAAAGGCAAAAAUGAUAGGUCUGCGUUUCAUAUUUAAGUAUGUGGCUAUUUUUAUACUGGUUUUGAUACCAUGUACAUUUUUUUUCAUGAUUUUAUUUUGCAGUCAUCGGCUUACUGGAGGAGGAAAGGCAUUUCCAAAAUGGUUUUUUGGGUUUGGAGGUUUGUUUGUGGGCGGGGAGUGUUGAGACAGGGUUACUUUGUGUGGCCCUAGCGAUAAUGAAACUCACUCUGUACACCAGGCUGGCCUCAAGCUCAAAGACGUUUUCCUGCCUCUGCCUCCCAAGUGCUGGGAUUAAAGGUGUGCGCCGCAGCUACCACCGACACCAGCACGGCCCGUCUCCAAAAUAGUUUUCGAAACUGGUUUUUCAUGCCGGUUUUGAAUUAAGGUCAGUAGUUGCAAAAAUUGAACAUUAGGUGAUGCUCAAUUGUCUUAACAUAGAAAUACUAUUUUAAUUGUUGAGAUGGUUGCUUGUCUCAACUAGUGUGAAUAGGAAAUUUCCCAAACAAAGAAAAGAUUGUUUUAAUCAUGUGCGUAGAAUAUUUUUACCCAACAGAAAGAUGGUAUUGGAGUAUUGCUUUUUUUUUUCAGGAGUCUUACUCACAUAAGCUACAAUUUUGAGUACUUUAUAAACACACAAAACAUAGGCAAGUGAAAAUAUAAAUUUUACAGAGCAAAAGUAUAAAUUAAUGCUUUUUCGGGCUUUCCCUAAACUUGAGAGGAAAUGAGGGGAUAACAAACUUAUGCCUGACAUAAUGGCAUGGCCUGUGACCCUGCGCAGAAGGGCAGGGCAGGAGGAUCAGGAGUUCUGCAUGUUUUCAGAAACUGGUUUUUAAUGCCAAUUUUGAAGAAAUGUCUCAAAAACAACGUUCAUAAAAAGAUGUUUUCUUAUUUCUGAAUCAAAGAGCUAUAGCCGAAAAAGUAGUGUGUCGCAGAGGAUCUUGUCGUCUGGUUUUACAUUAGGAACAAGUUUACCGUGGGGAGGGUCCAGGGGAAUCCCAUUUUCUUUCUACUGGGAAAUUAGGUUUGCUCUUAUUUAGGAGUUCUAAGACUAGGAGCUGAGCUAGUCGGAACUCACUAGACAUGCUGAAAUCAUUUGGGUUUCAAACCAAGAUCCAUCCUGCAGCAUGCGGACCUUGUAUUUUGCUAGCAGCCAGAAAGCUUUUCGUUCAUGAAAACUGACACACAAAGGAAUGCGCCUUUCACGUGGUUUCACAAACAAGGAGAUCUGCUCUAAUUAUUUCCUAACUAUGACUUCAUCUCCUCGGUUUGCACACUCUGCCUCAAAAGCCGAGGUACCAUAAAAACAUUGGGAAAGACACAGUGGUGCAGUGUAUAUUUCUUCUUCUGUGGAGUUCCUCCGUGUUUAUCUUGGCAGACUGCAUCUGAGAACAAGGCUGCCAAUAGCCUCGCAGCGUUUGCUGAGCAAUUGUCUUCCUUAGUAAUUAGACCUCUGUACCUUAAAAGUGUUUCACCAGCUGGAUGUAGCGUACCCCUGGGAUCCCAGCUCUGGGGGAUUUGUCAUUGAAUAGUAGCUAGGGCUACAUAAGGCACUGGCUCAAAAACAACAAUAGAAACCAUUUUUGCUCAAUUUGCAUAUAUAUAGAUUACUCUAUGAGCAGUGCUUUGCUUCUGCUUAGGUGAUACAGCUCGAGUCUUGAUUUUCUAUUUUCUGUAACAAACAAGAUUUGAAAUGAUUUUAGAAAUUAGACAAUGACCCCACUUCCUAUCUCUUCUGGUGGUUUUCUCUUUUCUUCUUCUUCUUCCCUAAAGCAGCAUUAUUGAGUGCUUUUGCAUCCUGGAAGAUCUGGAGACAUUGAUUUAAAAUAGUUGAAUGCAGUUGUAUUAAUACAGUAUACAAAUGCUACCUGGAAGAGUUCUUUGAUGUGUAUUUGGUGUGGGAAUCAUACAGUGUCACAAAUCCAGUUUUAGUUCUAAUAAGGAAUGGAAAUAGUCUUUAAGGAAAUUAUUUGGUUUCUUUAUUUUUGGUUCCUAUAGUAUAGCUCCAAGCAGCACCUAGGAAGAAUAAUAAAAUGUUUGAAAUCGAAGAAUAAUGGUUUUUUGUUUUGUGGAGGGGAGGAUUGUUUUGGUUUUGAGGGUGGAGUUUUUUUUUUGUUGUUGUUGUUUUUUGUUUUGGUUUGGUUUUAUUUUUUUGAGACAGGAUCUCAUGUACCGCCAGGCUGGCCUUAAAAUACCAAUAGCUAACUAAGGCCAGCCUCAAAUUCUGAUCCUCUGCCUUUACCUCCCAAAUGCUGGGGUUUCAAGUGUGUACAAGCUCACCCAACUAGACUAAUACCUCUUCCUAUUAAGAUGAUGUAACAAGUUAGUCCUAAUCAAUCUCAUAGGCUCAUGCCAAGUUCUUGGUGUGAUUCCCCAACACCCAUAAACAGAGCAGUUUGAUAGGGUUGUAUUUUUCCUGUAGUUUAUUCCAGUUGAGCAUGAACAAUGUGUGUUGCUAAAGUGGCGGUGUAACCACACCAAGUGUCUGUAAAAUGACUUGCCAGCAUUUAGCCAUUUGCCUGUUGAAUCUUUCUUAACCAUCUUUUAAGGGAACCACUUUAGGAGAUUACAAGUAUUCAUGAUAGGGAUUUUUUUUAUACUUUAUUGGAGAGUAGCCAUUGGUUUACUCAUCCCAUGUAUGGAAUUGUGGCUGUAAGUUGUCGCUUAAAAAAUUCCGUGACUUGUAACGUUACUUAAUCUGGAUUAUCUUAGUAAUAAACUUUAAAUUACUAUGCUAAACAACAUCUUGAAUAGAAAUUGUCAGUGUUGACUACAGAGUAACUGAAUAAUCAUAUAGGUAGUAGCAUGUUUUAAAUAGCUAGAUUUCUACUCAUUUUGUAUUCUGUUCAAAUAUAAUGAUGUUCACUAUAAACUGUAGCUUUUCAGGUAAAGUAUCAGAAUGAAGACAGUUCAUAAAGAUUAAAAAGGAUUUGUAUCUAUAUGAUAUUCAUCCUGCUCAGUAAAGAUAAGUUUCAUUUAUAUACUGAUAGGACUCCCUUGGACUUUUGCACACUACCUUCAAGUUUACAGUUUACCUUAAACCAUCAUUUUCCAUCCUUGUUCAGAAAAAGAACAAAAUCUGAAUUAAGUUGUAUUCCAAGUGUAUGGAAACACUAGACUGAGCAAUUGAGAGACUGUACUGGACACCUACCAGGUUCUUGAGAGACAGACAGUGUGCUAGAAAUAGAAAAGAAUAUGGGCACUGGGCCCAGAAUUAUUGGAGGGCUAAUAACAGACAUUUGUAUGCAUGACACACUUGGCAUCUACUUUUCACAUGGGAAUCCAGGACUGUAAGAAGAUGCAUGUCUCCUGUAUUCCCUAUGUAACAUAUCUUUUGCUUGCAGUCUUUUUCAUUCCUAUGAUAGAAGGGACAUGUAGAAUAUAUAUUUGUAUUAUGUGGACACUACAAUGGCUGCCACACCAUCUUUAUUUAAUUCAGCAGGUAGGAGUCUCAAAAGUUGCUUGAAGCUAUUUUAUAGAAUCCCAACUGCUCUAUAUUUCUUCAGAGAAAGUUUAUAGUCACUAAUAAAGCUGGCUAUGGUGACGUGUCGUUUUUAUGCUUUAACGAGUUCUUUUGCCAUAGGUUCUUUUUCCAUCAUGUGGAACAAUGUAAAGAAAUCAGAUGCAAAGUACAAUUAGAAAAUAAAACACAAAAACAACCCAACG